UAUAGAGAAGACACACACACAUCGAUAUCUUUUCUCGUCUAGCCGUGCUCAAGCUAGCCAGCGUCAGCUGUCGAUCGAGACAUGGCAGCUUCCGCGCUGUCAGCUGCGCUCGCGGCCACGCUACUCCUGGCUGCGGCGACGGCCGGCGCCGACGAGGCGCCGUGCACGCGAAGGCCGGUGGUGUUCGCGUUCGGCGACUCGAACACAGACACGGGCGGCGCGGCGGCGGCGCUGGGGAACUACUUCCCGCUACCGGAGGGCCGCGCCCACUUCCGCCGCUCCACCGGACGUCUCUGCGACGGCCGCCUUGUCAUCGACUACCUUUGUGAGAGCCUGAACAUGAGCUACCUGAGCCCUUACCUGGAGGCGCUGGGGUCUGACUUCAGCAACGGCGCCAACUUCGCCAUGUCCGGCUCCACCACCAUGCCGCGGGACAGGCCCUUCGCGCUGCACGUCCAGGUGCAGCAGUUCCUCCAUUUUAAGCAGCGCUCCCUCGACCUCAUCACCCACGGCGAGAACGUUCCCGUCGACGCGGUGGGUUUCCGAAACGCGUUGUACGUCAUCGACAUCGGUCAGAACGAUCUCUCUGCCGCGUUCUCUAGCAGGCUGCAAUACGAUGACGUCGUCCGUAAGAGGAUCCCGGCCAUACUCUCCGAGAUAAAGGAUGCUAUUAUGACUCUGUACUACAAUGGAGCUAAGAACUUUUGGGUCCAGGGCACCGGGCCCCUGGGCUGCCUUCCGCAGAAGCUCGCCGAGGCUAGGGCCGACGACGGCGACCUGGACGACAGCGGCUGCCUCAGAACACUCAACAACGGUUCCUACGAAUUCAACAGCCAGCUCUGCUCCGUCUGCGACAGACUCACCACGCAGCUCAAAGGCGCCACCAUCGUCUACACCGACAUUCUGUCCAUCAAGUACGACCUGGUCUCCAACCACAGCGGCUACGGCUUCGAGGAGCCGCUCAUGGCGUGCUGCGGCCACGGCGGGCCGCCUUACAACUACGACCUCAACGUGAGCUGCCUCGGCCCCGGCUAUCGUGUGUGCGAGGACGGCUCCAAGUUCCUCAGCUGGGACGGCGUGCACUACACCGACGCCGCCAACGCCGUUGUCGCCGCCAAGAUCCUGUCGGAAGAGUUCUCCACGCCCAGAGUGGACUGA